GGCCUUGUGUAACAGAUAGAGAUUGGAGCAGGAAUGCGAAGGAAGUUGUUGUGCAUAUCAUCCCCAAUGAAUAAAUAAAAAUAUUACCAUACUGUAAUUUGAUAGGUUAAUAACUUAGACGUUCCAGUCACAAUGAAUGUGGUAGCAGCUGUUAAAAUGUAUAUAACUCGAAUGGCAGAAGAAAGUGGCCCCGGUAUGAAAGUGCUUCUUAUGGAUAAACAAACAACAAGUAUUGUGAGCAUGGUGUAUGGGCAAUCAGAAAUCUUGCAAAAGGAGGUAUAUUUAUUUGAAAGAAUUGACUCAGGAGGGCAGCGUGAAAGUAUGAAGCAUCUCAAAUGCAUAACAUUCCUAAGGCCAACUAAAGAAAAUAUUGCACUUCUUUCCUGGGAAUUGCGAUAUCCGAGAUAUGGAGUGUACUAUAUAUAUUUCAGUAACAUUAUAGCAAAGGCAGACAUAAAAACUAUAGCUGAAUCUGAUGAACAAGAAGUUGUCCGUGAGGUGCAGGAGUUCUAUGGUGAUUAUCUGGCAAUGAGCCCACACCUUUUCUCACUCAAUGUCACAGCAUAUGCCCAAGGUUUGAUGUGGAAUCAUGCCCUUCUUCAGAGAACUGUUCAAGGUAUAACUGCAGUUCUUCUGUCGCUGAAGAAAUGUCCAUUUAUACGGUACCAGAAUAAUUCAGAAAUGGCAAAGAGAUUAGCAGAAAAGAUCAGAGAGGUAUUAUCCAAAGAGGCUACUCUGUUUGAAUUUCGGCAGCCUGAAGUUUCACCCUUGCUACUUAUUUUGGAUCGUCGAGACGAUCCUGUAACACCUCUUCUCAAUCAGUGGACGUACCAGGCCAUGGUUCAUGAGCUCCUUACCAUCACUAAUAAUCGUGUCAGUCUUUCUGAAGUACCAGGAAUUUCGAAAGAUCUGAAGGAAGUUGUUUUAUCUGCUGAACAUGAUGAAUUCUACGCAGAUAAUUUAUACUCAAAUUUUGGUGAAAUUGGGCAAACCAUAAAGGAAUUAAUGGAGAAGUUCCAGAAGAAAGCCAAGAAUCACCAAAAAGUGGAAAGCAUAGCAGAUAUGAAAACAUUUGUAGAAACUUACCCUCAUUUUAAGAAAAUGUCUGGAACAGUGUCCAAGCAUGUUACAGUUGUGGGCGAAUUGUCUUCUCUUGUGACUCGUCAUCAUCUCUUAGAAGUGUCUGAACUGGAACAGGAACUUGCAUGUCAGAAUGAACAUUCUCAGCAGUUGCAGAGGAUCCGGAAGUUGAUAGGAAACAGUAAAGUAAGGGAUAUCGACGCGGCAAGGCUUGUUAUGCUGUAUGCUCUGCAUUAUGAAAAACACACAAACAAUGACAUUGUUGGUUUGGUGGAUGCACUGAAACAAAGAGGUGUGCCAGAACAUUUGACAAAAUUGAUCUACAGUGUAAUGGAAUAUGGUGGUACACAUGCAAGACAAAGUGAUUUAUUUGGUACUCAGGAUGCUGUGAAGCUCACAAAAACAUUUUUUAAGGGCUUGUCAGGUGUGGAGAAUGUGUAUACACAACAUAGCCCUCUCAUCAAAGACACCUUAGAAGAAUUAAUCAAAGGAAAGCUGAAGGAAAGUUCUUUCCCUUAUCUUGGAAAUGGUCAGCUAAUGAGGAGGCCACAAGAUGUCAUUGUGUUCAUGAUUGGUGGAGCCACAUACGAAGAAUCACUUGCUGUUCAUCAGUUGAAUAAAAACAAUUUUGGCGUUAGGAUUGUUCUGGGUGGAACAACCAUUCACAAUUCAAGCAGUUUUUUCAAAGAUGUCGAGCAAGCAAUGCAAGGUGUCACAAGACGUCACACACGCAUGAGGAAUUUGUGAACUGCCAGUACCUCUUCAUUAUAAUGUAUGUAUAUAUUCAUCAAAUCAGUUCUGUAACAUGAUUAGUUCUUGGGUCAUUAUCAAAAUAUCAUUGUGCUUUCCAGUCUGAUAAUACACAAAUGUCAGUCAGUGGAAAACACCUGGUAAAGUGAUUUAACCAUUUGAGGUCUGUAAUUUUAACAAAUGACAUACCAGUGGGUCCACAUUAUUUUGCUUGAAUUUCAGAACUGUUGGGCUGAGUCUGAUGUUGGCCUACAGCAUGAUUUUCUGAACAUUUUGCUAGGCUAGGCCAUGCCUCAGAGAAAAGAAAACACCUUUACAGUUAUAUGUUUGAACACAUGACAGACAAGCAAGGCCACUCUUAAUUUCUUGCAAUUGUAAGAUUACUGAGACACUGGGUUCAAUGUGACAUUGCAUCCAGACAAUUUUCACAGGCGUUGGGCUGAACCGGACAGAGGACAUGAAAGGGUCAAAAUAAGAAUUGGGGUGUCAGCUUGUCAUUUGUAUUUCUAAGGUAGAAAAUUGCUUUUCUUCUAUCACCAUCUGCUUAAGAAUAUGUUGAGUUUUAGAGAAAAGUAAUCAUUUUCAUGCCAUGUAUGCAUCAUCAGCCAACAAAGUUUAAACUUACAAGUAGUCUAUUUUCCUCAGAAAUCUGAAUUACAUGUGAAAACUCAAGUUGUGAACAACAUUUUUGAUAUAUCAUAGGAAUGCUACACUAGUACAUACAGUGAAAUCUCAUUUGUAUAUUAAGUUUAUGAAUCACUGUAUGAGUGUGUAUACAGUUCGAAAAUUUAUCAGCAAAAUCUGCAAUUAAUGUACAUAAUUAUUGUUUUUUUCCCAGUUAAAUAUAUUAUGUCAACACAAUAACAAUGUGGACAUAGUAAAUCUAAGAAAUAGACUGUAAUAUAUGUAAAGUACCAUUAUAACAGUAAAGAAAAGUUCCUCAUUAAAGUGUCUUAAGUGUCA